UGCUCUGCUUCAGUGCAUUUUUUUUCCCAGCUGAAAGGGGAGACUUGGAGAGCCCGGCUUAACUGAACGACACUGAACAACCCUCCUGCAGCCUGAAUGCAAACAACUUGACAAGACCAAACGUCGAGAAACAAAGCCCUUUACGUAUGUGGUCGAUUUAGAAACCGAGAAUAGUGAAAAUGUGAGGAUCUUCAGUGUUGUCACAGUGUUGGUGAAGUGAGCAGUAACCGGGAAAGAUGGCGAGGAAACACACUCGCAUGUUCCUCGCCUUGGCUUUGCUGGGACUUUUCAUUGUUGAUGCGUCGGUGAAAGGAGAGCUGCAGGGAGAGCAACAGGAGGAGGAGGAGGAGAGAUCCUGUCAGGGAGCCUUCGACCUCUAUUUUGUUCUGGACAAAUCUGGAAGUGUGAAAAAUCACUGGAUAGAGAUUUACUCCUUUGUGGAGCAGCUGGCAGAAAAGUUUAUCAGCCCCAUGCUGCGAAUGUCCUUCAUAGUGUUCUCUACACGGGGAAACAUCAUCAUGAAAUUGACAGAGAACAGGGAAGCCAUCAAUGGAGGCUUAAUGGCUCUGAGAAGAGUAAUUCCUGGAGGAGACACUUUUAUGAACCUAGGCUUGGAGAUGGCCAAUGCACAGAUCUAUCAAGAAAAGCAUGGAACGGCCAGUGUUAUCAUUGCUCUGACUGAUGGAGAGUUGAAUGAGUGGCAAUUUGACACGGCUCAGAGAGAGGCACAACGGGCUAGGUCAAUGGGAGCCAUUGUUUAUUGUGUAGGCGUCAAAGAAUUUAACCAGACCCAGCUUGCAACUAUAGCAGACACUGUGGAGCAUGUGUUUCCUGUGUGGGGAGGUUUCCAAGCCCUUAGGGGAAUUAUUGACUCGAUCAUUAAGAAGUCCUGUAUUGAAAUCCUAGCGGCAGAACCGUCCAGUGUGUGUGCAGGAGAGAAUUUCCAGGUGGUGGUAAGAGGCAAUGGGUUUCUCCAUGCCAGAAACAUCGACCAGGUUCUCUGCAGCUUCAAACUAAAUGACACCUAUACUGUUGAUGAGAGACCAGCUGGAAUAGAAGACACAUUCCUUCUGUGUCCUGCUCCUGUUGUCAGUGAAGUGGGAAGGGUGAUUUAUCUGCAGGUGAGCAUGAAUGAGGGUCUGUCCUACAUCACCAGCUCUGUUCACAUCACUACCACUGAAUGUUUUGAUGGCACCAUUGUGUUGAUAUCACUGCUGGUGGUGUUUCUGCUGCUGGCUCUGCUGCUGAUGUGGUGGUUUUGGCCACUCUGCUGCACAGUGGUGAUCAAAGAACCUCCACCACCGCCUCCUCCAGAACCAGAAUCAGAUGAAGAUGAUGGGAUGCCCAAAAAGAGGUGGCCCACAGUGGAUGCAUCCUACUAUGGUGGAAGAGGAGUAGGUGGCAUCAAACGCAUGGAGGUGCGAUGGGGUGAGAAGGGGUCCACUGAAGAGGGAGCGAAGCUGGACAAACCGAAAAAUGCAGUUGUAAAGAUGCCAGAACAGGAAUUUGAACCAUAUGAGCCGAAGCCUCGAAAAUCUCCACGCCGCCCCCCUCAGCAGAGGAGGUGGUACACACCCAUUAAGGGGAAGCUGGACGCUCUGUUUGCUUUGUUCAGGAGAGGAUAUGACCAGGUUUCUCUCAUGAGACCACUUCCUGGAGAUGAGGGUCGCUGUAUACGUUUCCAGCGGGUCAAAGACGGGGAGUCCACCCUUAACAACGGGACCUCUCCUCGGACACAUCACUCCCCCUCACCUCCUCCUCCUCCUCCACCCAUCGAACACCAACCUCUGGUCUCCAACUCUGUCCCCCGUACCAAGCCUCCAUCCAGAGGGCCACGCACCACACCACCCUCCCGUGUACCCCCACCUAUGACACGGCCCCCUCCAGGUCCACCACCAGCUCGCGCACCCCCAGGACCCCCGCCAUCUCGACCCCCACCAAGGCUCUGAUGAUGAAGAGGUGGAGUCCCAUAAACAACUGAUAGUCAUUUCGUGUUAAAAAGGUCCUCUUUCACCCUGAAGACUCCAUGAGUGUUAAACCAUGUAAGCCAGGAGCUCAUACGUGAAGCUCUGUGCUUUGUUGCUGGACAGCAAAACAAUAUUUAUCUUUUUUCAAAGUCAGCUACUGAUUUUAUUUGAGAUAACACUAGUAUAACAAAACAGAUACGCAUUAAAAGAAAACAGAACAUGUAAUUAUUUGAUUAACUAUGUAGAUAUCAGAUAGCAUUGUGACCAAAGUGGUAGAAGUCAGUGGUAUCCUCUUUGCUUUGGAAACUAAAUCAGUAUGUUGAUGUAGAAAGUGUAAGAGAAUGUGUAUGACUGGUGAUGGUAAAUGGCCCUGUUAUUCGGGAUGUUUUAUUUUGCAAAGCUUAAUAAUGUGGACUGAGGGUGUGAUUUAAAAACUACAGUGUGUAAUGAGAGAUGAUUUGAAUGUUGCUUUAGUCGGUUUUGGGUUUAACUGUACAGAUAGAUUAGGUUGCUUGAAAGUAAACAGAUGCAUCAUUUUAUCUUUUCAGCCAAAUAAACAUGUUUCUACUUGUAGUCCAAAAUCUUCACAGCUCAUUGUUAAAACUAUAAAAUUUUUACAAAUCAGUGAUCAUAUUGCAACUGCAGGGCAGUUUUUCCACAUUAUUUAUUUUAGUACAGGCCCUGUCUGCUUAUGACUGAUGUUUAGUAUCUGGUGGAUUUGUGGGAUUUGCUUGAAAUCUAUGAGAGGGGAAUAUUAAAGUAGGGAAGUGUUCUGGUGGGACAUCGAAGUAACUCCAUGUGUAAUGUAUUUGUGUUAUUAACACACGUCAAGUCAAAGACUGCAUUGAAACUUUGUAUUGUCAGGGUUUUCCUGUGUACUGCAUUUAAAGACUGAAAUGAUCAUUUGCAUUAUUUCUGUAUUAACAGCUUCUGUGUCAUUUUCAAUAAAUGUUUUUUUAUGAC